AGCUUCAAAAUUACUUAUUCCUUUUUUUUUUUUUUUGCCUCUGUCAACGUGGGGAUAAUCGAAGCAGCAUCCGCUCAACAUUAGAAAAAAGUUUUUUUUUUUUUUUUAAUUUGAGAGUUAUUGCAUCAUAUGAGCUAAAAUCAUCACUAGUUGACUUAGGGUUUGUGCCUCUUGCAUAAAGAGUACUAAGGAGAGUUUGACGUAAGAGGGAGAUUAAAGAUCAUCGAGGAUCUAGUUUACGACUCUUUCAUCCUUGUCUCUUUUCACCAAUCUUAUUGUUCUUUCCCCUUAUACAUUUGAUUUCUUUUUCUUGUAUAAAAUUAUUCCUUUGUUCAUAUUACAGAUUUUCUUGGUUCGCUUGUUUAAUUAGUUCUCCACAGGUUUCUGUUCUUUAAAGGGAAUCUUGUCAAAUUUAUAGAAAAGGGUUCUUGUGAGGUUUCUUGAUUUUCUCAUAUUUUCCAGCAUUUUUUGGAGUUUAUUUCACCUUGACUUGGUUCUCAGCUGAUCUUCUCUUUUAGAUCUCCUUCCUAUUCUCAAGAAAUCAUUUCUUGAUUUUGAAUUCAGAUCCAAGAAGAUGGUGAGAGGAAAAAUCGAGAUCAAAAGGAUCGAGAACGUGACAAGCAGACAAGUCACAUUCUCCAAGCGUAGGAAAGGUCUCUUGAAGAAGGCUCACGAGCUUUCAGUUCUAUGCGAUGCUCAAGUCGGGGCCAUUGUCUUUUCUCAGAAAGGAAGAUUAUAUGAAUUCGCUAGCUCCGACAUGCAGAAGAUGAUGGAGAGAUAUGAGAUACAUAGGAGAGAGUAUUUUGGGGCAGAGAGACUACAGAAACAGCAAGUUGUGCAGGAGCUCAAGAACGAAAUGGCGAAAACGUUAGACCAGAUUGAGCUUCUUCAACUACAUUGCCGGAAACUGAUGGGGCAAGAUUUGGAUUCGUGUUCAUUGGAGGAACUCAAGGAGAUAACUAUCAAACUUGAGAAAAGCCUUACUAUUGUAAGAUCAAGAAAGGCUAAGUUAAAUGAAGAUACAGUAAAGAAACUAAAAGCAAAGAUUUCAGGAGAGAAAGAGGUCUUGAACGAGACAAGUAGUCUACGACAAAUGUUUGAAGAACCGACCUUGUGGAUGCACUCUAGGAGCCUAGAGAAUGAAAAGAGUGGACCAUCAUGUGGUUAUGGAAACAUGAACAUAUUGGAUGUAGAAACUGAGUUGUCCAUAGGAUUGCCUAAAAGUCGUGAGUGAGAGUGAGAAGAGUGCACCUUUUGGAAAGUCUAGUGUAGUGAUCUAUUCGUGUCUUAAUCAACUUGUUCUUGUUUUCAUAUUAUCCGGACAUGUAUAUUUCAAAUUCUGGAUGUUGAAUCGA